AUGAAAGUGAAUAGUGAAGUAAUUGCUGCGUAUGAUGCUCUAACAGCUAUUGGUCAGCUGUUUCUCACAACUGAUAUAUCAAUGUUACCUUUGGAUAUUGCGAAUCUGAAACGUCAGUUCCCUGAUAUUCGUCCUGAUCAAGCUUACGCUUUAUUAAUGGCUCGUGGGGAUGUUGGCUCAGAUAAUGCAAAAGGUCUUUCAGCAGACACUCAUUAUGGAAGGGAACUAUCACAGAGACCAUCACCUUUCACAAUUUUUACAAGGUUGGCCGUAGCGAUGGACCAGCACUGA